AUGUCCUCCGAAGACUCAGAAAAAAAAGUUUUUGUCGAAGCAGAUGCCGGAGAUGGAACAAACAGAGAAGAACAUCAUCUUCAUGGUACCCAGCUUAUGAUGUGUAUUCUUUCUGUUUUCUUGUGCUUGUUUUUGUUUGCAUUGGACCAGACCAUUGUUGCCACGAUUUUAACUACGGUAGGUAACAAAUUCGACGGUUUUGAUCGAAUUGGAUGGUUGUCGUCUGGGUUCUUGUUGUCUACCGCCGUCCUAGUUCCUUCCUGGGGAAAAGUAGCCAUGGUUUUCGGACGUAAGAUAACCAUGUAUGCUGCGAUUUUGAUCUUUGAGGCUGGUUCGUUGAUGUGCGCUCUUUCCAACAAUAUGAAUACCUUGAUUGGAGGUAGAGUAUUGGCUGGUGUAGGAGGAGGAGGUGUCCAAUCUCUAUCUUUUGUGAUUACUUCUGAGGUUGUUCCUAUAGAGAGAAGACCUUUUGCUAUGGCGGCCAUGGGGUGCACUUUUGCUGUGGCUAGUGUAUUGGGUCCACUUGUGGGUGGUGCUUUCACAGACAAUGUUUCAUGGAGAUGGUGUUUCUACAUCAAUUUGCCGAUAGGUGCUGUUGCUGCAAUUGCACUAUUUUUUUCGUUUAAACCACCAAAAACCAAAGGAAGCAUAAGGGAAAAACUCAAGUUGAUCGACUACUGGGGUACAUUUCUUUUCACCUCCGGCUUGGUGGUUCUUCUUCUAGCCAUCACUUUUGGUUCUGGUAAUGAAUACGCUUGGAACUCAGCAGCAAUCAUCGUUUGCUUCAUUUUGGGUACUCUAGCUCUUAUCGUGUGGUGUAUCUACAAUUUCAGAUUCUCCAAGAACCCACUUCUUCCAUGGGAAGCAGUGAGAAUUAUCCAGGUUAGUGCUCCAGCACUCACACUUUUUUGCACAUAUGGUUCAUUUAUGAGUGGAAUCUUGUACAUUUCCAUAUACUUCCAGGUGAUCCAUGGAGCCAAUGCUUGGAGAUCAGGUGUGGAUUUGUUACCGUUUAUCAUUGCCCUGGUUGUCAGUUCUGUCUCACUGGGAAUUGUUAUUGCCAAAUCGAGGUUCGUCAAGCCAUUUGUGGUGGUUGCUGGCUCUUUUGGUCCUUUGGGCUACGGAUUGCUUACCCUUUUGAAAGUUGAUUCCAGCACCUCGAGUAAAAUUGGACUUUUGAUUUUGCCUGGUGUUUGCACUGGUAUUCAAACCCAAGCUUCAAUUAUUGCCCUGCAAGUGUCGGCUCCAAAGUCUCCAGGAGGAAUGAUUUACGCUACAACUUAUAUCAACUUUGCUCGUGCUACUGGAGGAGCACUUGCGUCUGCUUUGUCCACUACCGUCUACUCGUCGGCACUCAAAAAUGCUCUUCUGAGUCACUUGAAAAAUGCUCUGAAUGACAUCCAACAACAGUUGUCCCUGGUACCAACCGACACUCUUGUCAACUCCACAGAACUCAUCAAGACCCUUUCGCCUGAAGCUCGAGCCUUUGUAAAGGAUCAAGUUAUGUGGGCCAUUGAAAGAGUAUUCUACAUGACUGUUGGAUUUGCAUCGUUGGGGUUCAUUGCAUGUUUGUUUGCGACCAACCAUAGACUACCAAAAAAGAGUAUGGGAGCUUCUGCUGCUGAGACGAAGGAAGAAGAGCAGGAAGGUUUGACCAAUUGCGAUUCACAACCAACUCCAGUGGAUAGGGAAAAUGUCAAAAAUGUCGAGUCCAGUGGAUAA